GUCGCCUCAGGGACCCGGACGUUGGGGAGGGCGGGUGGGUUAACGGGCUUUUCCCCCACCCACCCCCAAUGGGCGCCGGUGUUCUCUCGAGCUGGAGAACGAGGCCCGAGAACCACGCCGCCCCACACGGCUUCUUUCUCGAACUCGGAUGCAGAUGGAGGAGACCGAAGCGAACACCACCGUCUUCUCCAUCCUGAAGUCGUACAACAACUUCAUGUCCCUCUCUAUGGAGGAAUCGUCUGUCCAAGACGUCCCACAGUCUCCUUCGGGCUCACUCCAGACAAACUACCAGCAAAUGAUGAAGCUGGAAGAGCAGGCCGGGCAAAUCCAUUCGGGGGCGCGGCUUUUGCAGAUGGAGCGGGAGAAAAGGCAGAUGGAAUUAAGUCACAAAAGGGCUCGGAUUGAACUCGAGAAGGCAGCUAAUUUGAACGCCAACAAAUUUGAGCGGGAAGCUGAUCGUAAUCAGGAUCUCCUUAAGCGCAUCCAGCAGUGCCAGGAAAGGGAAACCGAGGUGAAAAAUGCCCUUCAGGAACAACUCAAGGCCAACAGGACCUGCCAGAAGGACAUGGAGGCCCUGAAUAAGAAGUUGCAGGAGAAGGAGACCAAACUGACCGAGGCGAAUGAAACCAUCAACGCCUUGAAGGGGAAAAUAUCGGAGUCACAGUGGAACACGAUGAAUCAGGAGAUGGAGAUGAAGAAGCAGCAAUCCCAAAACCAGGAGUUGGCCGAACAGCUAGAUGUGCUUCACAAAAAAUGGCAAGAAGCCACUCAGCAAAUCCAAAUCCUUCAGGCAAAGGAAGAGCUCAUGUCUAAGAAGGAGCAGAAGAUCCAGGAUCUCGAGCAAAAGCUCUCCAUGCAAGAGCAAGAUGCGAUCAUCGUGAAGAACAUGAAGGCGGAGCUGGCUCAGUUUCCCCAAAUGGAACGGGAGCUGCAGCAACUCAGGGAGGAGAACGCCUAUCUUAGGGAAAUGAGAGAAAACAACGGACUGCUGAAAGAGGAAGUCGAAGGUCUUCAAAGGAAGCUUGAGAGAUUCGAAAAGGUCCAGACAGAACGGGUGGCUUUGGAACUGGAGAAGGAGAAAGUUCAGGAGAAACUCAGCAGGUGGGAAAAACUGGACCAGAACAUGGGCUUAGAGAUCAGGAGCCCCGACGAUCUCUCCCGGCACAUCCUUGGCCUUCAGCAACGGGAGCUGAUCCUGAAAGAGCAGAACGCGGCCAUCUCGAGCAGCGCCCGGCUGUUGGAGAACGCAAGGAAACAACUGCAAGAAGAGCUGUUGAAGGUUCAGAGCCAGCUCCUGGAAGAAAAGAAAAAACGUGAGCAGCAAGAAACCAUGGUUAAAUAUCUCCAGAAACACAUGCAGCUUCUCAUCAAGGCCCGUGACGGAAUGAGAUCCAUCCUGGAAUUCUACGACAGCGAGCUGAAUCCAUCGGAGCACUCACCACAGCUCAGCUUCCGCGUGCGAGAAGCCGAGGAGUUGGUGCAGAAGGUGGAAGCCCACUGCACCGAAAUGGAGGGCCAGUUGUCCCAGGCUUUGGAAGAAGCAGGAAAUCAGAAGAAAAGAGCAGACAUGCUGGAGGUAGAACUUCAGAUGCUGAAGAGACAAGCGUCCACCGUAGAGCCCAGCAGCUUCCUCGCCAAAGAAGAGUUGGAUACGCUAAGGUUAAAGAUUGAGGAACUGGAAACUGAGCGAAGCCGGUUAGAAGAGGAGAACAGAUCCCUGGAAGCAAAGCUGGAACAAGCCACGCUUCAGGGUUAUCACGAUCCCAGCCGAACCAAAAUACUCCAUUUCUCCAUGAACCCAGCCAGCCUGGCCAAGCAGCAACGUCAAGAGCAGAUGGGGAACCUGUGGGAGGAAUGCGAACGCCUCCGAGAAAGGAUCAAAGUGUUAGAAGGUGGAGAUGGGGCAGGAACCAGCAGCAGCAGCAGCAGCAUUCUCUCGGGGAAACUGGAGGGCAGCAUAAAUCUCCAGGCUCACCCUGAAAUUGCUGAAUUAAAGAAACAACUGGAAAGUGCAGAGUUGAAAAAUCAGCGCUUAAGGGAGAUCUUUGGAACCAAGAUUCAGGAAUUUCGCAAAGUGUGUUAUAAACUGACCGGCUACCAUAUUGAUAUUACAAUCGAGAACCAAUACCGUCUGACGUCCAUCUACGCCGAGCACAGAGAAGACUGCUUGAUCUUCAAGACUUCCAGAUCUUCUGGGGCAAAGAUGCAGCUGCUGGAAACCGAAUUUUCGCAGACGGUCCAUGACCUGAUAGACCUUCACCUCCUGCAACAGGACAGCAUCCCUGCCUUCCUCAGCGCGGUCACCCUCGAACUCUUCAGUCGCCAGACCGUGGCUUAGCCACCUCAGCUGGGCGGGGUAGUCCUUGCAUCGGCCGCUCGCGGCUCACGGAUGGAGAUGGCUCACAGGGCCUCCGCUGAGGCGUCAAUCCGCUGAAAGGAACCGGGCCUUUUUUCCUCUUUAUAGUUGCUACCUGGAUAUUUCAGGGCCUUGUAGUGAUCUUUCAGCAUUUUUCCUAUUUUCUGAAGAAGUGAUCUAAUCUUCCUCCCUCCCUCCUAACCCUUCUUCUGCUACUUCCUCCCUCUCUCUCUUUCUCUCUCUUUCUUCCUUCCUUCCUUCUUUGCCUCCCUCCUUUCCUUCUACCUGUUCUUCCCUCCCUCCCUUCCUCUCUCCCUCCC